GGUAGGCCGCGGUGUGUGGAGGUGGGAAGCUGCUGGUGAACCGCCGCCUUCUCCGCGCACAGGCGGCUCUCACCGGCCCCGUCCCGCGCGCAGGGCCCACCCAGUUCCCCCGGCGCUUUGUAGUGAGCGCCCGCCCGACUCCAUGGCCGGGCGUUCGCAGCCCCCCACGGCGCACCGGGGCGGAAUCCUCCCGCGGGAGGAUUCUCCCGCGGCCUCAGAGGCUCCUCAGACGGGAGUGGGAUGUAAUGUUUUCAGUUGACCAAAGAAAUGGUGAUGGAGAAGCCAAGUCCCCUGCUGGUCGGGCGGGAGUUUGUGAGGCAGUACUAUACCCUGCUCAACCAAGCACCUGACUAUUUGCACAGGUUUUAUGGAAAGAACUCUUCCUAUGUCCAUGGUGGCUUGGAUUCCAAUGGAAAACCAGCUGAUGCAGUCUAUGGGCAGUCUGAAAUCCACAAGAAGGUGCUGUCAUUAAACUUCAAGGAUUGCCACACAAAGAUUCGUCAUGUGGAUGCCCAUGCUACUCUCAACGAUGGUGUUGUAGUCCAGGUGAUGGGAGAGCUCUCCAACAACAUGCAGCCCGUGCGCAGAUUCAUGCAAACAUUUGUACUUGCACCUGAGGGUUCUGUUGCAAACAAGUUCUAUGUCCACAAUGAUAUCUUCCGCUACCAAGAUGAGGUUUUUGGUGACUCUGACACUGAACCUCCAGAGGAAUCAGAGGAGGAAGGGGAGGAACCUGAGGAAAGACAGCAGACACCUGAGGCUGUUCCUGAUGAUACUGGUGCUUAUUAUGAGCAGGCUGUCAGCAAUGACAUUGAGGAACAUCUGGAAGAGACAGCUGCAGAGGCAGAACCUGAGCCAGAGGCAGAACCUGAACAGGAACCUGAACCAGAGGCACAGGAAGAAAAAACUGAGCCAGCGUUAGAAGAGUCGGCUCCAGAAGAGACUGUGGAAAAGAGUCCUUCUCCAGCUCCUGCUGAUCCAGCUCCUGCAGUGCAGGAAGACUCCAGGACAUUUUCCUGGGCGUUAGUAACCAGUAAGAACCUCCCUCCCAGUGGAGCUGUUCCAGUGUCAGGAAUACCACCUCAUGUUGUGAAAGUACCAGUCUCACAGCCUCGUCCUGAGGCAAAGCCUGAAUCUCAGACGCCACCUCAGAGACCUCAGAGGGAUCAGCGAGUGAGGGAGCAGCGAACAAGCCUCCCGCCACAGAGGGGUCCCAGACCAAUUCGUGAGGGUGAACAAGGCGAUGUGGAAACAAGACGGAUUGUGAGAUACCCAGACAGUCAUCAGCUGUUUGUUGGGAACCUUCCCCACGAUGUGGAUAAAAGUGAACUUAAAGACUUUUUCCAAAAACUUGGCUUUUCUCUUGCAGGCUAUGGCAAUGUGGUUGAACUCCGCAUCAACAGUGGUGGAAAGCUUCCCAAUUUUGGGUUUGUGGUGUUUGAUGAUCCUGAACCAGUUCAGAAGAUACUUGGCAACAGGCCCAUCAUGUUUAGAGGAGAGGUGCGUCUGAACGUGGAGGAGAAGAAAACACGAGCUGCCAGGGAGGGUGACCGCAGAGAUAACAGACCACGUGGACCUGGAGGCACUCGUGGGGGGCUGGGAGGUGGGAUUCGAGGGCCUCCACGUGGGGGCAUGUCCCAGAAGCCAGGAUUUGGAGCUGGAAGGGGGAUCGGGCAACGCCAGUGAAUGCAUCACGGAUGAUGACAUGGUGGCGCACACCCUUUUUCCUGCAGAUUUGUGAAUUUCAGCCUUGGGUAUCUUGGAAUGUGGCCCUAGCCUGUUAUAGACUGCUACGUUUGAUACUAUUUUGGCCCUUUUUUGUUUGUGUUAUGGUUUUGUGAUUUUAUUUUUUUUCUCCUAGUCCCUGUCCCAGAUUCCUGCUUUGUGGAACAACGUUUUAGGAAAAGUGGAUUUUAAAAAGAAAAGAACUGAAUUUUCUUGUUCACCUCAAACUUAUGGACUGGAUUUUUUUGGUACCAGUGGUUUUUCCUAAAGGAAUGUCUCUUUUUUUUUUUUUUUUUGAUGUUGUUUUCUCUUUUUCUUCUCCCCUUUCUACUGAAUUCGAGUGCAUUUCAGUCAGUGGAGUAUUUCACAUGCAUGCGUUCAAGAGCCUGUAGGAAAACAUAGUACUUGGCAAGUAUUUCAAGGGCAGAGAAACAAACCUAUUGAUUUAUUCAUUGAGGAUUGUGUGAACAUCCUCUGGUCUGGAGAUAUUGCCACUUGAAAAAAUUGACAUUCACCUUUUUGUGGCGCUGUAAAAGUGGAAUAAUGGGUAUCUGUAGAAUCUCUUUUUCUUUUGAUACAUGAUCACGGAAAGGAAUCUGAACUACUGUUUUACCACUUUUGAAAUUUUGGAUUGUGGGAUAGGUUUUAAAUGUCUAGAACUUGACUCUUAAAACACUUUUCCUGAACUUGUGAAAUUUUUUAUUGAAAUAGGGAGGUUUUUUCAUGUUUAGUUUGUAUUUGUAUAAAAAAAAAAGCAAAAUUGUUGUGCCUUCUAUUUAUCUCUCAUUCCAGUCUUGGCAAAUUGUUUUAAAAAAAAAUAAAAAUAAAAAAGGUCUAGAUUUGCUUUAUCAAGACAAGAGUACGUUGGAGUUUUUCCAAGGGAAGGUGGUUCUUCCUUCAGUCACUAGGCUUACCAGGUAGAGGUAGCUGUCACUGAAGUCUUUAAUACCUUUGUUCAGAGGUUUGGCUGUGUUUUUAAAUAGUUGAAAACAAGUAAUUUUUUUUGGAUGUGGACUUCAACUUUGAGACUGGGCAGGCCCUGCAAGAAACAUUGCAAAAGUACAACUGAAGUAGAAAUAUUCUUUCACAUCCUUUACAGUUUGAACUGUUGUGUGUAAUAGUUGUUUUUUCAGUUUAGGCAUUAAUUUCAUCUCCUGCUUCUGCCAGACCUGAAAUGAAUGGAUGGCUUUUUUUGUCAGAAGUACAGAAGGUGCCUGUCUGUCCUGGUGUUAAAGAUGUUGAAUGCUCUCAGCUGCUUCUGAAAGAAGAUGAAACUGAAAAUAAAAUACAAAACCUAGUCAAA